AUUCAACAGCGACCACGAUGAGCACAGCGAGGCUGAAGCGCAAGCUCGGUGACCUAGGAAUCGAUACCUCCAGCAGAAAGGCAAACGAGAACUUCUGCCUUAUCGGCACCCCGCUGCCCCCACUCGAAAAGUCAAAAGACACAGGCGAGUUCGUACCAUUAUGGAAGCAAGAGGUGAGAGAUGAGAAGGGUCGGAGAAGGUUGCAUGGUGCUUUUACCGGCGGUUUCUCUGCUGGGUACUUCAAUACAGUGGGUUCGAAGGAAGGAUGGACGCCGUCAACAUUCAUAUCCUCUCGAUCCGACAGGGCCACGAACAAGAACCGCCCUUCCCGCCCAGAGGACUUCAUGGACGAAGAAGAUAUCUCAGGAAUGCGUGAUGACCAAAAGCUGGUUGAUGAGCAUGAGCAGAUGGAUUUACUGGGAGGCACACAAGACGAGAUGAGCAAACGUGAUGUGGGUGCCAACGACAAAGACGCAAUCACCCUCGCACUUGAGCAGUCUCUCCUCCCAGCACCAAAGGACUCUGUAGGCGCUCGCAUUCUGAAGAAGAUGGGUUGGCGCAUCGGCCAGGGUAUCGGCCCACGGAUAACAUGGCGUCAGCGUGAAAUAUCAUUUGGCCGUAACCCGGACGUGACUUCCGAUGACAUGGAUGAAGAAGCGAAGAAACACAUGUACGCCCCUCGAGACACGCCACUAAUCAUCGUCGAGAGGAAGGAUAACUUUCAUGGUUUGGGAUAUGACCCUGGACUAGGGCUGCAUGCGAGUCUUGGCGUUGCGCCUGAGACUUCCAAACAGUCCAAUGGUCCACGCUUAGCUGGUGGUUUUGGCCUUGGCGCGCUGAAUGAUGCAGACGACGAUGACUUAGAUGUUUAUGAUCACUCCCAGAUUCACGGUAGGAAUAGUCAUGCAUACGAUGCGAAUGAUGUGCACGAUGAGGAGCAUGUUGUUAUGAGUUCGCGAUCGCAAGGUGCACGGAAUUUAGGAAAGGCAGCACAACCUCAAAGACCUUCUACUGGAAAAUUGAAGUUUCGUGAUGGGAGACAGCCUUUGAACGGGUUCAUCAUAUCUGAGAAACCCGUGGCGGAGGACUUUUGCUUCCCAAUACCGGAUGUGCCAAAAGAUUGGACGCCAAAUCCCAAACGUGUGUGGGAGGGGGAGAAAGCUAAUUCAAAAGAUAAAGAGAAUGCAUCUAUACCUCCUCCAUCUCAAACUCAGUCGCACGCCCAAUGGAAAAAAGGCAUCUCUGCGAACCAGCGGGGAGCAGCACUCGGUGAGACACCCCUCCCUUCUGCACCCAGGUCCGUCUUCGAGUACAUCUCCAAGAAAGACCAAGAACGCAUUAAGAACAUCGCUGCAAGUCGCUUUGCGCCCCAUUCCACAUCGGAUGAUUCCUCGCCAGGUCCCUCACUCCCUACGCCUCCCACGAUGACACAUACCGAGCCCCAUGUGGCCCAAGCUGCCCUUCACGGUUUCCAGCCCUUCACGAACGAUCCCUCUAAGCAGGCCAGGUACACCGCCUAUCUCCAUGCGCAUGCAAAUCCCGGCUCAGGCGCAACUCCACCCGCACAGAAACCCGGGCAGUCAGCCGAGGAGUUCGCAAAAGAAAUAAACGAUUAUGCAAAGUCAGCUGCGCUAUUCCGCCCCGUUUCUGGAGCCAUGGCUGGGCGGUUUACAAGUGCUGCUGUUCUGGAUCUCGGGCCGAAGAUCAUUGAGGGCCUACACACGCCUGCUGCACAGCCGGAAGAGGGGGCGGACAGUACAGAUGUGGCGGAGGAAACGCCGAAGGAGGAAGUCAAGGAAGAAGCUCCGAAGGUGCAUGCUGCUCGACUUGGCAUGUAUGGUGUUAUGACGCGCGAGGUGUGUACAUGGCAGCCUGCAAGGCUGCUGUGCAAGCGCUUUGGCGUCAAGGAACCAGACCUUGAUAUCCCUGUCGAUGCCUCUGGGCCGUCAGCACAGGCUACGGCGUCUGAGUUCACAGGCGCGGUGCCAGCAGACGGAGUCGCGGGUGCAAGCACGGAAGUGACGCAAGUAGAGGGUAGUGGUUCUGGGAGUAGCAAGCGCGAUAUUGCGAAUAUUGGCAUGGGGGAAGAUGAUGGGCAAGGGGAUGAUGUGCUCACUUAUGAACGUCCCGGGAUGGAUAUUUUUAAAGCAAUCUUCGCGAGUGAUGAUGAGGAGAGUGACGAGGAGAAGGAUCGCAUGGAUGAUGUCGAUGAGGUGGAUGAGCCCCCUGCCGUAUCUGCGCCAGCUGGACCAUCUAAACCAAGCCCGGAUGUCAAGCCACCACCAGCGGAUGGUAUCGUGGAAGAUGUUGAUCUGGCUACGUUCAAGCCUACCUUCAUACCCAGAGGAUCCAAACCGAAAGACGUGGAGAAGAAGGAAAAGAAAAACAAGAAACAGAAGGGUUCCAAGGCGGGCGUGCUUGUUUCAUUUGAUGUUGACGAGGAUGGCGGGAACCCGUCGCUCGCGGCUGCGCAUCAAAAACAUCGAGAUCGAGAUAGCGAGAAGCCGAGGAAGAAGAGACGGAAGGAUCGAAAGGGGGAUGAAGGUGAGGAUAUGUGGGUUGAAAAGCCUCCGCCAGAUAUCGUGAAGGCACUGCCUCUAAAUCUGUCCCCUGACGAGGGCAGCGGACCUCCUCGUGCUCGUAAGAGGGCAGUUGAUUUCAUGUAACGCUAUUAUGCUGCUACUAGGCUAUCUGCGCUAUAUAUACAGUUUCAAAAGUUAAGACUAAUUUUGGUGGGUACUAACUGCGUUUCUUGCAACACUACUUGAAAUUUCGGGCUCACAAACAUGGUCUCACGAAGAAGCCAAAGCAUUCUUGCGAGCUGAAUGUGUUGCCCUCGCUCCUUCCUUGGUCAUAUCGCAUUUCAUAAUGAUAUCGGGUUUUGCGUAUUUAUGCAAUGGUCUUUAUCUUUACCCUGUCUUCUAUGCUAAUAGUAUUAGUGUUCGUCCAGUUGUCGACGAUAAAAUAAUGCUAUCAACCUGAGACGUACAAACACUC